GACAGGAUCUGGGGAAUGCUGAUGAGGGAAAGGCUCUCAAUAAUGCCACAAACGGUCCUCCUGCCAGUGCCUUAAGUGGUCUAUUUGUGAUUCAGCAUGCAUGCUCUCUUUCUCUCUCCCUCGCCCGCUCCCUGUCUGACUGCCAGGCUGGCGUGGAGUCGAGCUCCCAGGGGGUGAGUGUGUUAAUGCGGGCCCCCAGGCCCGGGGACCAGGGUAAUUGGGUUCGCAUGGUCGGUGUCAGGGCACCACCACCGCUCCCUACACAAAGGCCACCUCCCAGCCAAGCUGUUCAGGACAGAGACAAACCCCUCAUCACUGGUGUAAUUCAUUGGAAAGGCUUAUUGAAUUACUGGAAUGGUGUAUGUGGUUUUUGUGUGAGGGCCUGCUACAGAUUGCACAAUGUGCUGAGGGCCUUGUGUUUGCCUGCUGCUUGCGUGUUCAGCUCUCUCUCUCAGCUCAGACGCUUGGCUCUGAACACUACCGUGAAUAACGGCAGACAGCUUAGAAAAUCUCUAAUAUCCCCAAAUGGCGUAAUUACUGCAGCUCCCAUUCAGAUAACCUUCUCUUGUAUCCAGUGCCUGUUUGACCAUGUCUGCAUGUAGGGGUGACAGAGCCUGUUGUCUGCGUUGUAACCUCAUGACACAGCCUGGAGGCUGGAGCGUUUUGGCUGGGCCUCAUCCAGCCCUGACUGGAUGGGCUGGUGUCUGCUGCAGAUUGAUGUUGACAUGCAUUCACAUCCAUGCAGACUGUUGAUUUGUCUGGUUUGUUUGAUACUAAGUGAUUGGUGGCCCCUCACUAGUAUGUUAUGCUCAUAGCAACAAGAGUGAAGGUGUUCAUUUCUUUGCCUGCUUGCCUUUUUCAGGUCCAGUGGGUUUAAAAGAAACCCAGCAUUAAUGUUUGCCAUGUUGACAAGUCUCUUCCGCAUGGAUAUGUGUAGCAUUAAACUGACCCAUACAUCACACAGUGGCACUCUCCUCUGAUUGUAAGAAUAAUUAUGGACUAUGAUGUUCAGCCACUGGUGAGGUGGGAACAGGGGAAACGGAGAACCCACCUCCCCUGCAAUAUACUACAUUAUACCGUUGGCUACUUCACUCAAUCACCAGACCCAACCAACAUAAAACAGGUUCUCAACACUAAAACACAACUCGCCACCACAAUCCUACUCAAUACACCACUGUUAUGACCGCUGCCUACAAGUAGCUGCUGUCUCAGAGCCCAGCUUGGUUGUGGUCUUCAAUAAGCCGAACAAUGUGCUCAGCAGUGUGAGCAGUGAAGUGAUAAUUGAUACAUCCUAAAAAUUCAAGAAAGCUGUUGUUAAUGAUCCUUCUCUUCCUCUGGGUGGUUUUAACAGAACCACUUUAAGACUUUAAUUGACAAGGAAUACUGCCAUUUAAGCCGUUGCCUUGGCACUGCCAUUACCUACGUUUUGUUUUUUAAAGAUGAUGAGACCCACUUGGGGCGUUCACGAGGCGCGAUUACAAAAGCUCACGUGGAAUCACAAUGGCCUGCCGUGUUGCUAUUUUAGUUUCUGUUAAAAAAAACAUAAGUCCAAUAAGCCCUGUGCCUCCAGGGCUGGAAAAAGUGAGGAAUCUCCCUUUGUCUGAAGGGCAGGUGAGCGUGGUUCCCACCCCACCCUGCAUAUCAGUAGGAAAACAAGGGCUUCUCCAGCGCUGGAACAAGGCUGUUGAUGUGGAAGGUAUGGCCAGGGUUUCAGUGGAGAGAGAAGAUGAUGCCAAGAGCUUGUUACCAGGUUACAUCACUGUUGUUGUGAGUUGUGUGCCAGAUCUUCAGGCGUAGCAGAGGGAGCUCGCAGAGCCAUUCCCCUCUCUGUCGCCAAGCUACCGUCACGCUCUCCUCCUCACACACCAACAGGCCAGGCUGUGGGCAGUAUUUAACCAUCAUUGGUUUCACUCAGAGAGACAGCUAGACCGCUGAAGCCCUGAGCUGGGGAGCCCUGUCCUCAGCCUCCACUCACCUCACCUGGCCUGCAUUUCGCCCAUCAACCCCCUUCUACCACCACAGACUCGCCGCAGCCCAGCCUGUCGUCACUAUGACGUCGGAGCUGGAGAGUAGUCUGACAUCCAUGGAUUGGCUGCCUCAGCUGACCAUGCGGGCAGCCAUCCAGAAGGCUGAUGCCCAGGGGCACCACGGGGGGCCGGGCAUGGGCAAGAAGAGCGCCAUGCUGGACCCCAACACCACUCUGGACCAGGAGGAGGUCCAGCAGCACAAAGACGGCAAGCCGCCUUACAGCUACGCCAGCCUCAUCACCUUCGCCAUCAACAGCUCGCCGAAGAAGAAGAUGACCCUGAGCGAGAUCUACCAGUGGAUCUGCGAUAACUUCCCCUACUACAGGGAGGCGGGCAGCGGCUGGAAGAACUCAAUACGGCACAAUCUGUCAUUGAACAAGUGUUUUCUCAAAGUGCCUCGCUCCAAAGAUGACCCAGGAAAGGGCUCCUACUGGGCCAUCGAUACCAACCCAAAGGAGGACGCCCUGCCCACACGGCCAAAAAAGAGGCCGCGGUCCGGAGAGCGGGCUUCUACACCGUACAGCCUGGAGUCGGAGUCUUUGGGAAUGGACUGUAUGAUCUCUGGAAGUGCCUCUCCAACUCUGGCAAUCAACACUGUGACUAACAAGGUGGCGUUAUACAACCCAGACCAGGAUGGGAGUGACAGUCCAAGAAGCAGCCUUAACAACAGCCUGUCUGACCAGAGUCUGGCCUCCGUCAAUUUAAACAGUGUGGGCAGCGUGCACAGCUACACACCAGUGACUAACCACCCAGAGCCGGUGUCUCAGUCGAUGAGCCUCCAGCAGCCCCUCCAGCCCCAGUACAACAUGCCAGAGAGGGACAAGCAGCUCCUCUUCUCCGACUUUGAAGAUCUCAGUGCCUCCUUCCGCAGCCUUUACAAGUCUGUCUUUGGGCAGUCCUUCAGCCAACAGGGUUUGAUGGGCAUGCCAACAGAAUCGUCCCAACAGACCCACACCUCCUGCUCCUAUCAGCACUCCCCCAGUGGCACCAUCAGCACCCAGAACAGCCUGGCAAACAACCACUCCAGUAGCGGUGGCCAGGUGCCUCUGUCCCACCCUCCCCAGCUCCCCGUCCAGAACGCCCACCCGGGCCAUGGCUCGCCCCACACACAGCACAUCUCCCAGCACGGCCCACACAACCAACACGCCCAACACACCCAGCACCAACACCCACAGCACCCCCAUCACCCUGCACACUCCCAGCAUGGUCCGCACCAAACGCAGCACACCCAGCAGCAGCACACCCAGCACCCCUCCCAACACGCACAGCACACCCAGCACCCCUCCCAGCAGCAGCAUCAGACUCUGGCUCACCAGCCCCAUCCUGCCCAGCAACAGAUGGCCUGCAACACGGGUCUGCCCUCUGACUGGUAUCCAAAUCUGGACGCACUGAAAGAGAGCUGCCGUAUUGCCAGCAGUUAUAACUGGGCUGACGUCGACCUCUCACCUUUUCAAGGACUGAAGGAGAGCAUGAGACUAGCAGAGCAGAACAACUGGGCCCUGGAGCCCACACAGAUUGCAGAUCUCUGCUCAUCUAUCAACCAGUUCUUCGCCCGCACCGGCGUCAUUCAGCCACAGGGGGCAGUGCAGCCCGUACCCGUAUGCCAUGGCUCCAUGCACCCCAACAAGCCCAGCCAGCACAUGGCCACAGGAAAUCUCUACAUGGACUCAAGACAGAGCAUGUCUAUGAUGGGCCCCCCAGGCUACCCCCACAUGCCCCCAAUGAGCAGCGCAGGUCCCACAAUGACAGGACACCAUGCGCAGAUGAACCAGCAGCACAUGAUCUCUCCCAGAAACUUCCAGAUGCACCGCAUGCCAGCUGAUGACAUCCAGGAUGACUUUGACUGGGACUCCAUUGUCUAAUGUUAGAUGUUCUGCCCCUAACGAGGAACGGUCAGGUGGUGCAGAGCAGGUGGAAGUAGGAGGAAGAAGCCAGGCCGAGCUGUACGCUCUAGCGAGGAGACUGACUGUUGCUGGUGGGAUACAGAACAGAAGAGCAGGUGUCGUUUUGGGAGGAUAGAGGAAGAGACUUCAGAGUGCUGCCAUUUUUACAAACAAAAUGAAACAUACAAAAUAAAUGUUACUUUGAAGACAAUCAUAUUUACUAGGA